AUGCGUUAUCGCCCGUCUUUCAUCGUCCAGUCAACGAGCUUGCUCCGGUCGCAACAGCGCUGGGGAAAGUGUUGCCGCCGAACUAGGUCUCCUCGUUGGAUGCCAGGGACCACGUCAAUGUCGAUCUCGCCUGUUCACCAGUCACUUUGUCGAACGGCGGGUGCUGUGCGGGUCUUGCUUUCACCAGCACCGGUGGCUACCCGCGAAACUGCUACCAUCGGUGUUCCGGAACGUGAUCAAGUGCCCGAGAGCGAUCAAUGGGACCUGUCUCGUCUAUACGCGGACAAGUCGGAGUGGGAGCGGGACUUUACUGCAUGUUCAGGGCCGUGGGAGAAGCUGCUUUCCUUCCGUGGGCGCGUGACACAGUCACCCGAAACCGUUCGCCAGGCUCUCGAAGAGUACCUGAGGAUAGCCCGCGUGAUUGAGCGUGUGUAUACGUAUGCUCAUCUCUUGCACGAUGAGGACUUGCGGAACGAAGCAGCCAAGAGCAUGUACGCGCGAGCCGUGGACUUGCACACCCGCUAUGCAGAGCAGACAUCUUUCCUCGAGCCGGAGUUGGUGGAGGUGCCGAAUGACUAUCUGGAACCUGGGAAAGGCCUUGAGCCGUACAAGCACUACCUAGAGCGAAUUCGUCGACAAAAGGCGCAUACACUGAGCGCAAGCGAGGAGGCACUCCUCGCGGCCUCGACGAAAGCGACGUCCGCAUCAGCUCGGGCGUUUUCUGCGAUGAAUGACGCCGACUUUGACUUUGGAUUCGUUCAGGAUGGCCAGGGGAACUCGAUUGCUCUAUCUCAUGGGAGUUACGGCACAUUGAUGCGCAGCAAAGACCGCACCCUGCGUCGGAACGCAUUCACGACGCUUCACGGGAAGUAUCGUUCGUUUGAGAACACGCUCGCAGAGCUGCUUUCGGGCGCGGUCGAGACGCAUGUGUUCCAUGCCAAAGCGCGACGAUAUCGCUCGGCUCUCGAGGCGGCGCUGACACCGAACGCGAUCCCCACGAAAGUCUACGAAAACCUCUUGGAUACCAUUCGCAAGCAUGGUCUGCACCAUCAUCAUCGAUACGUUGCGCUACGGCGGCGCCUCUUGGGUGUGGAUCGUGAGGACGACGGCCGUAUUCACAUGUAUGACAUGUAUGCACCACUUAUUCCUGACGUGGACCUCGCCAUGCCGUACGAGGACGCUGUCAAGUCCGUACUGGCAUCGCUGGCACCCCUCGGAGACGAAUACCUGCGGGUCGCGUCUGCCGGGCUCGGAGAACGCCGUUGGGUGGAUCGUUACGAGAACAAAGGCAAGCGCAGUGGCGCAUAUUCAUCCGGCUGUUAUGACAGCGAGCCGUACAUUCUUCAUAAUUACGACCCGGCGAACAUUAAUGACGCGUUCACGCUGGCGCAUGAGCUCGGGCACUCGAUGCAUAGUCAUUUCAGUCGCCAACAUCAACCCUAUCACUAUGCAGACUAUUCGAUCUUUGUCGCAGAGGUUGCCUCAACGUUCAAUGAGGAGCUUUACUCCCGUUAUCUCUUUCGCACGAAAGCCAACAGCAGGGCGGAAAAGGCGUAUCUCGUGAACCGGUCGCUAGAGGAUUUACGUGGUACACUCUUCCGUCAAGCAAUGUUUGCGGAUUUCGAAUUACGUAUCCAUAGAAUGGCGGAGGAAGGUCAUCCCUUGACGCCUGCAACGCUCCGGCAGACAUAUCGCACACUCAAUGAAGAGUGGUUUGGAACGGAUGGCGUUUGUAUCGACGAGGCGAUUGAAUGGGAGCUCUUCCGCAUUCCCCAUUUCUACUACAAUUUCUACGUGUACCAGUACGCGACGGGGAUCAGCGCAGCACUCGCUCUUGCGGAGCGGGUGCUCAGCGGCGGCACGGCAGAACGAGAUGCCUACUUCGCCUUCCUGCGAGCGGGAUCGAGCGUGGAUCCCAUUGAUGCCUUGCGCAUUGCCGGUGUCGACAUGACAAGUCCGGAGCCGGUUCAAGCGGCGCUGCGGCGCUUUGGUGCUCUGGUCGAUGAAUUGGAUCAGCUCACGCGCUGA